AUGACGUCAGAGACGAUUUUCACCAUAUCAAAGUUUGAUGAAGAAGAUCUUUAUCCAAAUGGUACAUUACCUAAUCGUUUAUUAAGUCCAAUAACUGAACAUUCGACUGACACUCAACAAACAUAUUCCGAUACCUCGAAAAAAUCGUCCGAAUCUGUUUUGAGCAAAAACAAAUCUGCGAUCGAUGAACUUAACGAAAUCUUAUUACCAAAAUGUCAUCAAUACAUCACAUAUUUUUAUCACAUUCAAACGUAUCUGAAUACGCUACAAAAGCAUUUCAAAGCUCUAUCGAUUAUUGUGAAUUAUCUUCGAAAAGAUCGAUGCAUAAAUCAUGUUAUCGAACCAAUCGAAACACGUAUGUUACAACUGCAUGCCAAACGAAAUCAAAUCGACAAUCUACUCAACAAAUCCUCCAUAAAAACUCUUCUACAACAAAUUUUAUCAUCUAUUCACCAAUCAAAACUCACUGUUGAUUACAACGAAUUUUUAACAUCCAUACAAUUGAAUAUGAACCAAAAAUCAACUUUAAUCGAUCAUUUGAUGAACGAAUAUCGCUACAAAAAGUACCAACUCCACGAAUAUACUUCGAAAACUAAACAACGACAUCAACUAAUAAUAAAAUUAACAAAUCAAAUUGCCCAAUUUAUUGUUGGACAUGAUAGAAUACUUAAACAAGUAAAUUCAAUAUCCAUAAUUAAUGAACAUAAUCGGGAAUGUAUUGAAUUAACUAAACUCUCGCACGAAUAUGAACAAGUUCGUCAAGAAAAUUAUCUUCUAACAGCCAAAGCCGAAGAAACGCUUCAAAAGUUAUCGAAAUUCAUAUCCGUCAAUCAUUUUUAA